AUGGCCUCGUCAAGUGUGCGGACGCUCGUCGAUCGAGUCGCUGUUGUAACCGCUUCGACAAAGGGAAUUGGCUUUGCGAUCGCUCGUCGCUUGGGUCUUGAUGGAGCGAAGGUGAUCGUGAGCAGCCGGAAGUCAAAAAAUGUCGAAGAAGCAGUCCUUGCCCUACAACUAGAAGGAAUCGAAGCAAGCGGAGUGGUGGCACAUGUUGGAAAUAAAGACGAUAGGAAAAGACUCUUCGACUACACGCUUGGAAAACAUGGAAAAAUGGACAUUUUGGUUUCGAAUGCAGCAGCUAAUCCGCACUACGGCGAUUUGAUGACGAUCACCGAUUCACAAUGGGAUAAACUGAUGCAGAUAAAUGUAACAUCCGCUUUCCAACUAGCCCAAGAAGCAAUUCCACAUCUUGAAACUUCUGGCCAUGGAAAUCUCGUGUUCGUCGCUUCGGUGGCAGGAUUUCAACCAAUUCAAGGACUCGGCGCGUAUUCGAUCAUGAAAUCGGCAUUGAUUGGAUUGAGCAAGAAUUUGGCACUAGCUGUGGCACAUCGAAAUGUUAGAGUGAACGCGAUUGCGCCUGGAAUCAUCCGAACGGAUUUUUCAAAGACGCUCAUUGAAGAUCCGCUCAAACAUAACGAUAUAAUUAAAAGGAUACCUUUGGGAAGAAUUGGUGAAGCCGAGGAAACCGCCGGAGCUGUCUCGUUUCUUGUUUCCGACGAAUCUUCCUAUUUGACCGGCGAAACGAUCAGUGUAAAUGGAGGAAUGGAAUCGAGAAUG